AUGGCGAAAGGAAACUCGUCAAAAUUAUUAAGUGUGCCUGAUGUCGAUAUUGAUGCCGAUGGAAAAUUUAAAUACGUUCUUAUCAAAGUAGUAGAUCCUUCAAAUGAGAAUGCUUACAAGUGCAUAGUCAGAGGAUCGGAUUGGGCAUGUUACCAUGCUGAUAUUUAUGAAAAAGUUGAGAAGGAAAUUGGAGAGAUGAGCAUGAAAACUGAAUGUUUAGGUGGAGGCAGAAUACAACAUGACAGACUUGACAAAAAAAUCCUUGUGUAUGGCUAUUCUAUGGGGUUUGGUAGAGCUGAUCACUCCAUCACAGUCAAGAAACUUAAAAAAGCUUACCCAGACUAUGAAAGCAUAACCUUCUCCAAUGAGGGUUACUAGAAAAUAUUUUGAGAAGUCUGAAUGUAUUUAUGAAAUUUAUUUUGUUGUUAUCACACUGCUUCUAGAAUAAUUAAUACAUUGUAUACAAGGUAGGGCACUUACAUGUAAAGCUGGUACAACCUAAGGUCUUUUUCUUUAGCAGUGCUUCAAAAAAGACUUGGUGCCUGUCAGAGCUCUUGUGUAGCAAAAUAUCUGAAACAAUCAUUGACAGAGUUUGUAUUGCAAUACAGACCAUCAUAUAUUAAGAACUUUUUCCACUUUCAAACCAGUACAAUUUUAGCUUCCUAAGGCAGUAGGACAGCCCCCUUUUGUAGCUUCAAAUCUGAAUAAAAGCACUGUUUACAUGUACAAUUUAGUGUUAGUCUACAUUCCAGUUUUUUUUUUAUACAGUUUCAAAGAUUUUUCCAGAUAAUGAAUUUACAUUAUAAUGCAUCCUAAACUAUAGUUAAACAGUGUAGAUGUAAACAAGUCCAAACCUGUUGUAGUACAAGAUAGUUAUUGAAAUUAUAUAAUAUUGAUAGACAAUGUUGUGCUUCCUUCAAUAAAAUCUGAUUUCAUGAAA